CAUUAGAGGUUCUUGUUCUGUGUGGGAUUAGUCGCUCAUUUAAAUACUAUGGGAAGAAAUGGAAAGUCAAAAGAUCUAAAGUCAUGGAAAUCGACAUGGCGAGAUAAUAAAACGGCAGUUUCCCAAAAAGUUGCUAAAAUCCGUGCUAAUAAAGUUACGACAGGGAACAUUGGUGGUCCUCCUAUCACACUGACGGAUCGAGAAAAAAAGAUUUUAGGCCUUAUAGGACUAGAUUAUGUGGAAGGUGUGCAAUGUUCUGAUUCAUUUCCAGAGGAACAGGGAGAAGCAAUGCAUUUGCUUACUGCAGGGGACGAAAGAAUUUUAAAUGAUAUUCCAGAGUCAUUAACAUUAAGAAAUAACGAGAUUAUAGAACAUGACGUUAAUUAUAUAGAUUAUGAAGUGCUACAUGAUAUGGAAAAUGUUAUUGAAGAAGGGUCAUCUUUCAAUAAUAUUCAAACACACUCACAAAUUCAAAAUGCGGAGACUGCAGAAUGUCAUCGUGAAAUAACAGAACCACCAUCCGCUAUUCAAACUGAUGAUCCACAACGGCUCACAACUGUAACGCAAAGUUCGAGCAAGAAGCGAAAAAGACCACAAAUUACAAGGAACAGUGAACGGUUGGGUACACAACUGCACAAUGCCAGAGAAGAUUUUGCGAUCCUAGCUGAACGCCAAAUUUCAUGUAUGGAGAUGUUUGCAAAGGCAAUGCAACAAAUUGCGGAUAAUGAAAAAGAGCGAAAUGAAUGUUUACGUGCCUUUAUAGAAGCAGAAAGAAGUAGAGAGACAACAUAUUCCGAAUUAUUAAUAAUAAUCAAAGAUUGUGUUGAAGUAUUAAAAAAAAAAAUCUUUCACAUAACUAGUCCGUAUUUUGAUCAGUAUUUUAUUCUUUUCUUUUAAUUUAC